AUGAAGAACCUUUUGGCUUUUUCUUCAGCCCUGGCUUUGGCUGGAUAUGCCGACGCAGUCCCAGCAGCUUCAAACACUACUUGCUGUCGGGAGCUUUCCCAAGCCCUCCCAUCCCUCUUCUUCUCCCCCUCCACAUCACAGUACAACAGUCUCAUCAACGCUCGAUGGUCGGGUACCUCAGUCCUUCAUCCAGGCUGCGUCGUGACUCCCAAGUCUGCUCUCGACGUGUCCAAGGCCGUCAAAAUCAUUGUCAAGAACCAAUGCCACUUUGCCGUCAGAGGCGGUGGACACAACGCCAACCCGGGCUUCAAUAGCAUCAACGACGGUGUCUCCAUUGAUCUCAGCUCCCUAAAUUCCGCCUCGCUGGCAGAAGAUCGCUCAUACGUCAGCAUCGGCGCUGGUAUCACUUGGGGCGAAGCCUACGACGCCUUCAACAGCAGCAACAUUGGCUUCACGGGCGGAAUCUGCGAGGACGUCAGCGCCGGCGGCGUCAGUCUCGGAGGCGGCCAGUCUCUCUUCCAGCCCAAGCGGGGAUGGGCCGUUGACAACAUCCUCAACUACGAGAUUGUGCUCGCUUCUGGCGAGAUCGUGAACGCCAAUGCCACGAGCUACCCGGAUCUCUUCAAGGCCCUCAAGGGAGGCAAUACCAACUUUGGUAUCGUGACGCACCUCAAGAUUGCCUCCUUUGACUUUGAUGGGCUUUGGGGAGGAGAGGUCUUUGUUAGUUUGAACGGACCGCAGGCUACCUACCCGGAGGUGCAAGAUAAGAUGAGCCAGGCUCUGGUUGACUUUACGGCGAACAACCAUCUUGAUACCAACACGGCUGUGCAGCUCAUGACUGUGUACUUGGCCAACAACCAAGGUCAAAUCGUCAACGCUGCCUUUGGAAACACCAUUGGCGAGGAGAAUCCCGCUUCUCUGCAAGAGUUCCUAAACAUGCCGAAUCAAGUCAAGAACGAAGUUGGCCACAUCAAGCUUGCCGACUUUGUGCACCAAGUCAGCGAAUUUCAGGCCAAGGGAUAUCGUCAAGUCACUUCUAGCAUGACCUUUUCCAACGACUGUGCCACGGUUCGGGACAUCUGGAAUGUGACUGAUGAGAUCUACAACGGACUCGAGCACAGAGAUCAGGUCGACUGGAUGGUUUCGUUUAUCCCCCAGCCCAAGGUCCAGCAGUCAUACGCAGCUCGCAGUGGCGGUAACAGUCUCGGCCUCCAGAGUGUUACAGAUGACCAGAUCGUGGUGUGGUUGACUUCUCGGUGGACCGACCCCAGCCUCGACAGCAUGAUGUACGCCGCGCGAGACGACUUCAUUGUCGCGACGGAGACUGUUGCAAAGAAAUACGGCACAUACAGCCCUUUUCUCUACAUAAACUACGCUUCUCCUUCGCAAAAUCCGCUCUGUGGAUACGGAGUUGACAACUUCAAUUUCUUAAAGACAACAGCGGCCAAGUAUGAUCCUCAUGGCGUCUUCCAGAAGCUGAUGCCAGGCGGUUUCAAGGUCAGCAAGACGACUUGCUCAUAA